AUGCAAAACAACUUUAUGUAUAAUCAAUAGGGAUACAUGUAUCCUUAAUAAUAUAUGUACCCACAUCCACCUCCAAAUUAUGUUUAUCCUCAAUAAAUGUAGCCUGCUUAGUUUUAUUAUAUGAAUCCAUAGAAUUAAGCCAUGUAUUAAUAUAAUAUUGGAUAAUAACAAUAACAAUAAUAACAACAAUAGUAGAGAAUUAAAUGCAAUCAACCUAAAACAAAGGAACAAGAUGCCAAGAUAUAGAAGCAAUAAGUAGUCAAAUAGCAAUCUAAUCAAAUCAUGUAAUAGCAAAUGGAAAUGCAGAAGACAAACAUAAAGAUUUUAACAGAAUAAUAAAUUAAAGAUUAGGUCGGCUCAAUUACAAAACAAGGGUUCUGCCAUUAUUGCAAUAAAAAUGGGAAAAUUUGUUACUAUUGUUUCAGCAAUUAUAAAUCAACUGAUUGCAGACAUGGAUUCUGCUUUGAUUGUUUGAUGUUUAAAUUUAAGAUCAACCCUAUAAAGAUAUUACUUAGAGCUGAUUGGAAUUGCCCUAUCAAAAGCAAAUAAUGCAUUUGCAGUCGAUGUUCAAAUAUCAAUCAUAUGGAUUCCGAUUAAUUCAUUUCUAAUGACUCAGUGGAAAGUUGCAAUAAAUAUGCACACAUCAUAGAGAACACUAAGAAAAUUAAGAAGCAAUAUUCGAAGAAGAAGAACAUAAUUAGAGAAAUGUUUUAAGUGAAGUUUUAACAAUUGGAUCCAAAGAAGAAGAAACAACAAUAGUCAAUGAAGAAGACUUUAUUACUUAAUAAAAUUAAGAAGCAAAUGUAAUUCUCUUAAGAAUGCAUUUUGAAAUUGAAAUAAAAGCAUAACCAAAAUGAUGAAUAAAUAUUGCAUUAGGUUGUCAGAUAUAAUUUUGGUUCCUUGAUUGAUUUGUUUAAAGAAUAUAAGUAGGCUUGA